AUGGCCGCCGACGUGUUCAUGCGGCCGGCGCGGCUGCUCGGGGCGGCGGGGCCGCUGUCCCCCCGCACGGAGCCCGACGAGGACUCGUCGGACACGGACGAUGGCGGAGCGUCGCCGGGCGGGGGGCGGCGGUGCGGGCCGCGGCGGGGGCAGCCCCCGGGCCCGCAGAUCAUCCACUCGGGGCACUUCAUGGUCUCGUCGCCGCACAGCGAGCACCCGCCCAAGAAGGGCUACGACUUCGACACGGUCAACGAGCAGACCUGCCAGACCUACCAGUUCGGGGCGGCCCGCGGCGGCGGCGGCGCCGGCGGCCGCCUCAGCAUCGACGCGUCCCUCACGAAGCUGUUCGAGUGCAUGUCCCUGGCCUACAGCGGAAGGUUGGUUUCACCAAAAUGGAAAAAUUUUAAGGGACUGAAGCUUCAGUGGAGAGAUAAAAUCCGUCUCAAUAACGCCAUCUGGAGGGCCUGGUACAUGCAGUACCUGGAGAAGCGCAAGAACCCCGUGUGCCACUUUGUGACCCCUCUGGACGGCUCCGUGGACGUGGAUGAGCACCGGCGGCCAGAGGCCAUUGCAACAGAAGGGAAAUACUGGAAGCGAAGAAUUGAAAUAGUCAUUAGGGAAUACCACAAGUGGAGAACAUACUUCAAGAAAAGGUUACAGAAACACAAAGAUGAAGAUCUUUCAAGUUUGGUCAGGGAUGAUGAUGUGGUUCUCUGGCAAAAGAGAAGGUAUGGCAGAGAAACCCCAGUGCCCAUGGAGGAAGGCAGCCUCUUGGAUGCAGACAUGCUCAUGUCCGAGUUCACCGACACGCUGUUCUCCACGCUCUCUUCACAUCAGCUGGUUUCCUGGCCAAAUUCCAGGGACAUAGGACACUUAGGAAAUGCUGACAUGAUUCAACCAGGGCUUAUUCCUCUCCAGCCAAAUUUUGAUUUUAUGGAUACUUUUGAGCCUUUUCAGGAAUUAUUCACGCCCAGUCGCUCCAGUAAUUAUUUCCCUUCCGUGUCUGCUGUCAGCUCAGCUACCACAGACGGCAGCAGCCACUCUUCCCAGUCUCCUGUCCUGCCGUCGGGUUCGUUGCCCAGCACGCUUCCAGCAGAGAGCAUCAGCGAUGAGCUGAUUCCUUCCUCAGUACCUGCUCCUGUCAUUCCUGACGUCGUUGCUGACCAGUGUUCCAGCAUUAGAAGUGGGGGAUCUUUCAUCCAGCCGCCAGACUUCCCUCCUGACUCGUCUCUCGGCGGGCCACAAACUUUUAUGUCGGUGUUCCAGCCGCCGCUGCCGCUGCUGCAGCCCCCGAGCGCCCAGCAGCAAUCGCCGCUGCCCGCGGUGCCGCUGAGCUCCAGCCCGAGCCCCGCCCCCGCCGCCUUCGCUGCUCCCGAAACCCCCAAGUUCCUCUGUGAAUCCUCGGUCAUCACUCACACGGCUUCUGCCACGCUGACCCACAACGCCCCUGCCACCACCUUCAGCCAGAGCCAGAGCCAGAGCCUGGUCCUGGCCACGCAGCAGCCGGGGGCAGGAGUGCCUUGUAACCUGGCCUUCCAGACUGCUGUAGUGCAGGGGCAGCCCCGGCCCCAGCUGCAGUCCCAGCUGACAUUUGCACUCCCCAAACCUGUUCCUUUGGCCAGUGCUGGGACAAGGCCCAAACAGUCACAGAAAAUAGUGCCUGCUCCGAAGCUUGAAACAGUGUCCUUAUUGGUAAAGAAUGCCUUCAUCACCCCAGCUGCCUUUCAGGGACAGUCCAGAGCUGUGAUUGUAACUCCAGCACCUUUAAAAAGAGAGGGGAUUUUGACGCCAGCCACGUCUCAGUCUAAUGUUGCAAUUGCACCAGCUGGAAUUGUCAGAGCUCCCGGGGUGACGGAGUUCCGUAGUAACAUUCUGGUUGGUCCAGCACAGCGAGCACCAAGUAGUCAACAAAGCCAGUCCACAGUCUCACAUCUCUUCCCUCCUAGUGUAGUCCAGGAUGUGUUGGUGAAAGGAGAGCACAUCCCUUCCCACUGUUGCAGUUCACAAGUUCCCUCACCUACACCUAGCCGGGACUGUCAGAAUUCAGGCCAGGCUUCCCCCUGCACCUCUGAGCAGAGCCCCAGUCCGCAGUCUCCUCAGAGCAGCUGCUCAGGAAAACCUACCACUGACCCUACUAUGGCUGCAUUUAAGAAUCGAAGGAUGAAGCAUCUUUCAGAACAAAAACGAAGGUUCAACAUCAAGAUUGGUUUCAGUGCUCUGAACAGCUUGGUGUCAUCCAACUCCAAGUUGAUCAGCCACGCCAUCACGCUGCAGAAGACAGUGGAGUACAUCGCCAAGCUGCAGCAGGAGAGGACACAGAUGCAGGAGGAGACGCGGCGCCUGCGGGAGGAGAUCGAGGAGCUGAACGCCACCAUCCUUUCUUGCCAGCAGCAGCUCCCUGCUACAGGGGUCCCUGUGACACGGCAGAGAUUUGACCACAUGAGGAAAUUGUUUGAUGAGUACGUGAGAAGCAGAACCCUGCAGAACUGGAAGUUUUGGAUUUUCAGCAUUAUUAUUAAGCCAUUGUUUGAGUCCUUCAAUGGGAUGGUUUCCACAACAAGCUUUAAGGAUCUGAACGACACUGCACUGGCCUGGUUGGAUCAGCACUGUUCUCUUCCUGUUCUGAGGCCAAUGGUGCUGAACACCCUGUGGCACCUGAGCAGGAGCACCUCGAUCCUGUCGGACCCGUCGCGGCUGCCGGAGCAGGCGCGCGAGGCCGUGGCCAAGGUGAACAAGAGAGCUGGGGAGAGCUAACAACCAAAGACACUGAGCUGCUGUCCCAGGGGUGGAGAACCCGCCAGGCCCUGCCUGCCCAGGCUCCUCCAGUCAGUGCACUUUAGAAAGGAUUCUCUCCAUCACCAGAGACGCUGUUCAGGGCACCUGGCCCUGCCUUGUGAAGAGGUGCAGGUGAUGCAGCCGUGUCAGAACGUUUGGGUUCCUCUCCAGUGCUGUGCUGUGCUCUUGUCACGUGAGAAAAAAACACCAAGCUCAGGUAAACUCAGCAGGUUUGAGCCCUGCAGGCAGCAAUAGAUCUCCAUCAAUGCAUCCUUAUGCAACUAAUGAAACACCCUCAGUUCUCUGAAGUGUAAAUCCUGUACACCGAGGAAUGUGCUCUUCAAGGGGAAAAAAAUACUUCUGAUUUCGUGAAGCAAAAUGUGCUUUUUAUUUUGUUUUCUGGUAUUCAGUUCCAUGUGUUUUACUUGAAUAGUGGAAAUUGUUCGACAGGAUCAUAUGAAAAACCAAAGGAGAAGAAAACUCUGUCAGUGAUGUCAACUCAUGGUAAAAAUACUAGAAUUAAAAUCUCAGGCUGUGUUUUGUGUAUUUUAUUUUAAUGAGUGUAUCAUUGCAUUUGAUCAGUUCAAGACGUGCUUUAUUUUCUAGUAAAUAAAGUAGCUGAUUUUUUUUUAUAAUAUAGCCAUUGCAAGGGAGUAGCAGGCUGUGCAGUAAGUGCAAGAAAACAUUUUAGAUUGUAUAAACUCUGCAAUUAGGAUAAAUACAUGAAUUUUGUAUCAGUUUAAUCAGUGAGAUGUUUUCUUGCACUCUGCACGGUUCAGCUGCUAUCCUCACAAAAUGUGCACAUACAAAACACACCCAUAGGUAAAAUAAAUGUAGUAGCACUUCAGAGACAAGAAUUGAGUUUGUAAUGUUAAAAAUUGGCUUUUUUAUUAUCUCAGAAGCUAUAUCAAACCACACAGACUUGCAGUCAGUUCUUUGCUUCUUUGUCUUUUUUUGCUUCUUCUUCUUCUUGCCUUCUGUCUGAAAAACCUGAAGGACUUUGCUAGACCUGAUCUAUGUGGGAAGGUUAUGUUCAGCAUGAAUUAUAAAACAUGUAAAAAUAAGAUUAAAACUCAAAAUACAGCAAAGCAUUUUUCUGUGACAAUCUCAGCUCUGCUGCAGGUGAAGUGAGUCCUGUUCCAGCAGUGAUUGUCAGUCCUGAGGCAGCACUGGGGUGUUCAUUCCAGCUGGUUGUUCCUAGUCUGGGAUGAUCCCAUAACCCUUGGAAUUCCACUCCUGACUUGAUCCUGAUUGUUUAGAGCUGUGCAAACAGUGGGAGCACUUCCCUGGAGCAGUCCCAAGAGCAGGCUGGAGGUGCUGUGCAACCUCUCACAGUGGGAAAAUGAGGAAUAACUGGAACAGUUGGGGAUUGCACACUCUGAAAUGGGUUCUCCUUGGGGAAAGGAGCUUUUCUCAAGCCUUAUCCCAAUCUCCUCCACUUUGGAAGGGAACAGCAGCCUGGGGAGUGGGGCUGAGCACAGGUGAUGGUUUUGUUCUGGUUUCUCCUUUGUGCUGAGAUUUUGCAGCUAAUGGCUUUCCUUGCAGAGUUCCUUCUGUGAGAGCAGCUCUGUAGCAAGGCCAAGGCACUGAAGGUGAGCCUCUCCCUGCAUGGAGGGACUGAGGGCUGGAGGGAAAGGCAGAAUGGCACAUUUUGUACCAACACAGCUUCCUGUAGCUGUGCAGGCAGAGAGGGAAAUGCUUUUCUUUCCUUUUUUUUUUUUCCAGUAGAUUUGACAUAUAAUUUGAAGUUCAUGGCACAUGUGAAAACCUGUGUCCCUGUGACAAAAGCAACAAAAUUCCAAGUCUCAGCCAAGGAAUGGUGUGCAAAGGUUGUCAUAGUAAUCAAAUAGUGAGUAGAUUUUCUGGAGGGAUUCAUUCCUAGAUCUUUCAUAAUGUUGUAAUCAAUUAAACAAUUUUUUUUUGCUACAUCUGUGUCACAAAUGUUGAAUAAGUAAACCAUUUUUGAAUCAAUGCUUUCAAUCCUCCCAUUUUUAUCACUAGUUAUGAAUUUGACUUCAGUAAAAUCAUUUUACACUGUGAUGAGCUGGGGAUGUCCCUUAUGUCCUUUCCUCUGUGGGCUGAUCUCACUGUUUGUGUAUUAAAAAUGUCUGGGUUUCUAACAAGAAAGCAACAGGCAUAUUGUCCAAGAGCUGGUGGUUUUCUCACCUUUUCAGCUGAGGAGAUCCUGUGCUGCCUGCCCUGCUUGUCAGCAGUGAUGGUGUGUGAUUUUUACCAUUUCUGGUAUUGGUGACGUGGAAGUUUUGUCCCACACACAGUGCAGCACAGUCAUCCUUCAGGGCCCAGGGAGGACCUGAAACUCUGACAUCCCUUAUGUCACUGAGUGAAUUGGAAAAUGAAAGCAAACUUAAAAUAACAGGGAGGGAUCAUUCACCUGAACUGCCAAAAAUUUGGUCCAUUCACAUUUUUGAUGUGAGUAGAAAACUCAUCCAUCAGAUUGCACCUGAAAAGUGCUUGUUUAACAAAUUGUGGUGUAGAAACAAACUCAAAGCACUGUUAAAAAAUUGCAAAUCUUAAAGAGAAAAUGUUGCUUACUUAGGCAAGAGUGUAGGAGGGAGGAAAGGAAAAGUGAAAAGAUACUUUCCACCAUGCAAUUACCAGGAAUGAUGUGGCUGCUCUUUGAAGCAGUGAUUCAAUGUGUUCUUGUCACCCUGUUAUUGCAGAUCAGAAUUCUUUUAUCAGUCAGCCUGGUGAGGAGAGUGAUUUCACUGCAUUUGGAAACAGGAGAAAAGAGCUGGUUUAUGUCUAACAUCUGAGCAAUAAAACCACUAAAGAUUGGUAUGGAAAGAGAUGGACCACGUAUGUAUUAGUUCCUGCACAGUUUUCCACUUUGAUUUAUGUUUAAACACCUUAGUCUUUCUUACCCAUGGAUGAGUUUAAAUACUUCAUUUUUUUCACAGUUUGGUAACACCUUCUCCUGUAAUUGAAGGACUCUUGAUUUCCUCAGUGUCACCAAAGUAAGCAAGCCAAACACACAGUGCCUAUAGUCUGCACAGAACUGCAGGUGCUGCACAUCUGUCUGGUGCUAAACUUUUGGAGAACCCCCAUAUAACUGAAUACAAGUUGUAUUCUGUCAAAUCCAACAUAUUUCACUCAGUAAAGGAGUGGCUAAAUAACUAAUUUAUGGCCUGUGAUAUGCACAAA